AUGCCGCUUUCACCAACGCGGCUUUCACACAAUAUUCCAGUGUACUUACUUGAGGAUAGUAAACAACAUGCAAAUGGUGUUUUAUUUGCAUUGUUUUCAAUCGCAAUUCAUCAUCCAACAAUGGAAACCCAGAUAGUUUUUCAAUUUGGUCCAUUCUUUCGAGCAUACAAAGAUGGGCGUAUUGAGAGAUUCUUUGGCAGAGACAUAGUUCCUGCAUCAACAAAUACUGGCACCACUACUGCGUCCACCAAAGAUGUCCUGAUUGAGCCAAAAACAAGGAUGUCAGCGCGUAUAUUCAUCCCAAACUCUCUCAGUCCAAACCAAAAGCUGCCUCUCCUGGUCUAUUUUCAUGGCGGAGCAUUCCUUUUUGGUUCACCAUUUUGUGCUGAAUAUCACAACUUUGUUUCUUCACUGGUAGCCCAAGCCAAUGUUGUUGCUGUGUCUAUUCAAUACAGGUUAGCCCCUGAAAAUCCUGUCCCUAUAGCAUAUGAAGACUCAUGGGCUGCACUCAAAUGGGUUGCUGCACAUGCUGGUGUAGGCCAUGAAUCUUGGCUCACAGAUUAUGCUGAUUUUGGUCGAGUUUUUCUCGGCGGUGACAGCGCAGGAGCCACCAUUGCGCACAAUCUGGCACUCCAAGCAGGACUGGGAGAAGAUCUGGGUGAGGUGAAGUUAUCUGGGAUUUGCUUGAUUCAUCCUUAUUUUGAGAGAGAAGAAGGUCCAGAUUAUGUGGAUAAAUGUUGGAUGUACGUGUGUCCAACAACAAGUGGGCUUAAUGACACAAGAAUUAACCCAUUUGUGGACUCCAGGUUGUGUAUGCUUGGGUGUGAUAAGGUCUUGAUUUGCACUGCUGAGAAGGAUGAUUUGAGAGGGAAAGGGUUGUGUUACUAUGAGACAUUGAAGGAGAGUAGGUGGGUUGGAGAGGUGGAGGUUUUUGAGACUGAAGGGGAAGAACAUGUGUUCCACUUGUUCAAACCAGAUUGUGAUAAGGCUGUGGCUUUGUUGAAUAGGGUGUGUUCUUUCUUAAAUCAAAUUAGCUAGAGUGUUUUAGGGUUCUGUCCUUUUAAGUAAGUUUUUGUGAUGGUUGGUUCUUUUAUCUUUCAUUUUGAAGAAUGAAAUGCAGUUUCUUUUUGACAUUACCGUCUUUGAA